AUGGUUUGGCCGUUUAAUUCAACAAAGCCUUCGCUUUCUUCAUCGCUUAACUCUUCGCAUUCAGAGACGCAGUCAACUUUAUUGCCUGAUUUAGCAGUGAUUGAGUCAGCAUACCAUUUGAGAAACAGCUAUCGCCAUACUUACAGAUGGAUCCUACCGUUUUCCGGGAAUCUACUCCUCACUGCUGGUGCAGUUAUUGGAGGACUGUUUCGAUGUGCACGUGAUUUACACGCUUCAAUGGUUGGAGCGGGUAUUGGGGUAUUUGCUCGUUUAAUUUGGUUGCUGAGUGAUCAAAACAGCCGAAAUAGAUUAUGGGAAGUGCGAAAGCACUUGACCGGUAAACAAGAUUAUAGUUAUUGA